AGCCGCAGCCUUUCUGCUCCAGAGUGUUGUGGUUGUGACCGAAGGCUUCGCAAUGGGUUCCGCAGGGCCGCCUUGGCCACAGAACCGGCCGAGUUUGCCUCCAGGCUACAGACUCCGGCAGCCAGAUCUGAGAAAUAUGGCUGCCAACGAUGAGUGCAGAGAUGGAGCAGUUUCGGUUUCUCCAGCGACACAUGGCUGGGAACAUUCUGGUGACAAACGCUCUCCAGCAAUGCUUUUUGAUGCGAAGCUCAGCCCGUGGACACGAAGCGGCCUUGCACCACUGGUGCUUGAGGGCAGCCGCUAUACUCAGGAAAUGAAGCCAUUUUCGUGUCGGGCCGCCUCUCAGAGCCAAAGCCGCGGUCAGAUGCCUCAUGGCAACAGAAGCAAUGGCUAUGACAGGGAUGAGAUGCGAGCCUCUGGCGCUUGGACGCAUACGGCUGGUAUGCCCUCACACGCCAGCACCGAGGAGAUGCGGGAUGUCGAUAGCUUUUGCGCUCGUACGCCUGCGGCUGGUAAGCCCUCGCACGCCAGUCGGGCCGACUCUCAUAGCCAAAGCCAAGGUCACAUGCCUCACGGCAACAUAAGCAAUGGCCAUGACGGGGAUGAGAUCUGCGCUGAGAAGAUACAACAUUUCCAUGGCUCUGGAGCUUGCACACCUACGGCUGGUAUGCCCUCACACUCUUGUCAUGGAGAAGCAAGCAGGCCUGUCUGCCGUGCCACGGGCUGUAGCAAACCAACUUGGAACGGCAAGCCGGACGAAUACUGCAGCAAGAAAUGUCGGGAUCGGCGAGCCCUUUCUUCUGGUGCUGUCAGACAUGGCUCUGCUGCUGCGUCGCACGAGGGCGUGGGGGAAGCAAAUUGUCGACGUGCAGCACCAACACCCACAUGCCUUCGUAGCGGCUGCACCAACCCCACGUGGAACGGCAAGAGUGAAGAAUUUUGCAGCCGCCGCUGCCAGCAUGCAUAUGUCCCUGCUGCUGGGGAUCUUGUGGACGCCGCUGAUUUCACCGGCAAACUUGCCAAGCCGCGCCCCAUUCCAUUUACCGGCAAAGGACUGCCUUCAGAACAUCCAGGGAUCGUUGCUUUCUACUAUCCCGGCUUUCAGACGCCCGUGGACCAGCUUUGCCAGGCCAUGUUCCUCGGCAACUUCUACUCCAGGAGACUGCACGUCAGCGACUCCCUCUGCAGUCAUACAGAAGAGUUUUCAAACGCGGAAGCAGCCUUUCAGUCUCUGAAGUUCUGGACCCGCCGGAGGGAUUUCCAGAACAUAUCAGGGGCGCAUGCCUUUCGGAAGAAGCAACUACUGCGCGGCAAUGAGGACUUCAGCUAUGCUGGACAUGGCAGCAAUUGGGCAGCAAUGCGCCACGUUCUCAUCCACAAGUUUCAGGACUCGGAAUUGUGUCAGAUGCUGCUGGCCACUGGAAAUAGCAUCCUAUUGGAGCACAGCCCUUCUCCCCGUGAAGGCAUUUGGUCUGACAACUGCGAUGGCACCGGCCAGAACUGGUUGGGCUUGCAGCUCAUGCUUCUACGUGAGGAACUGCGCUCCACGGAUUUCGUGUGGACUUCUUGGCUCAGGAAGCACGUGAACGUGAAGACCGGUCAGUUUCUCAGCAGGGACUGGCUGAGGCUGGUCGCACAGGCCUCCAGCACAGUCCGGAAGUCUCUGGAAGAAGAGAAGGACCGUGGCCAAGGAUGGCUGAGCUUCUUCAGCUGGGGUCUCUCCGAUUCUGAAUGGCCUGGACUCGGCGUGGCGACUAAGCGACGAUCGAGGUCUCCGGCUCCACGGAGGUUGAGCUGCGGCCGCAGAAAGGAUCACUGAGGCUAAACUUUCAACCAGCAGGCGGAGACUGCGGCUUUGGGUGCGUCUCAAGAGCCGG